AUGAAGGACAAAAUUAAUCAAGACUACAAGGGUGGAGUCACAAAAGAUUAUCUUUUGAGGCAAGGAGAAGGAUCAAAUGGCAUACAUUGGACGAAAUGGAAGAACAUGUGCAUAUCGAAAUCUCGUGUGAGAAUGGGUUUUCGAGACGUGGAGCUCUUCAACAAGGCAAUGCUUGGAAAGCAGGGAUGGAGGUUGCUAACACAAACUGAAAGCCUUAUACACCAAGUCCUCAAAGCAAAAUACUUCCCAGAUUGUUCCUUCAUGGAAACGCAAUUGGGAAACAACCCAUCCUACACUUGGAAAAGGACAUGGGAAGUCCACGACAUCUUGGAGAAAAGUGUGAGGGAGAGAGUUGGCAAUGGGCAGUCAAUACAAAUUUGA